UUUAAAUUAUGUAUCUAAUGUAAAUGGAGGAUUUCCCCAAAAGUGUUUAAAGUUUAUUCCCUCUUUUCUUGCAAGAUACUACUUUACAAACUGGCAUGGAACUAGUGAAAAUGAACCCUCGGUGUGGAGGCAUUCGCCAAGGAAGGCAAAGAACUCUUACGAGAAGAAACUGGCACCAGAAGGAACCCCUAUACUUGAUGCAAACUCAUUAGAAUACAUCUUUGCACAGGGUCAGUAUGACUUAGUGAAAGGCCUGGCACCAAUUCGUGAUCCUAAAAAUGAUCAAGAGGUUCAUGAAAUUGAAAACGAGUGUCUGGGGAUGGCUGUCCUUGCAAUCUCUCACUAUGCCAUCAAGAAAAAUGUGAAGCUUCCGGAGCUUCCCAAAGAUAUCAGUUAUAAGCAUUAUAUUCCUGAAACUUUGAACAAGACUAUCAGACAGAGGAAUUUCUUAACCAGGAUUCGGAUAAAUAAUGUUUUCAAGCAUUUCCUUAAGGAGUUUAACAAUAAAACCAUUGGCAACAGUAGUGUGUCUCCACGUGAUCUGAAAGUUAAAUACUUAUCAACAAUGGAGACCUUGACUAAACAUUAUGGAGCGGAAAUUUUUGAGACUUCGUUUUUGCUGAUUUCAUCUGAGAAUGAAAUAAAUAGAUUUAAUUGUGGAGACAAUGAGAUCCUCCCAGUAUAUGAAGUCAUUGUAACAGGAAACAAUGGAAUUCAGUGGAGGCUCAAGCCAAAU